AUGGGAUCACCCGGAAGGAAGACACCGUUGAAGAACCAGCAGCAGCACCGAGUGAAGAUGGAUCGAGGUACUCGUGUUCAACGAUUUCGAAUGAUGCACGCUGACAACCGCCGCAAAGGAAUCCAGUGCCACCUUCUCGACAUUUACCGCAGACAACAAGGAGUUCGAGAGCAAGCGUCUCUUCCUUUCUCACCGGAAGGACGCGAGAAGUACCUCAAGAUGCUCCGUGAGCUCUUCUUUGCCGAGGCCAUGUUCGAGAAACGAUUCGGAGAAAAAGACGAUGUCGAAGAAGGAGUGGUUGUUCGACCAGCCAAUAGCCGCGUCGAUUUCCGUGCAUGGCUUCGUUGCUUCCCAAGACGCCGUUCUGUUUAA